AUGCACACCCACCGCCCCCCCCCGCCGCUGCAGCCACCGCAGCAGCAGCAGCAAAUGCCGCAGCAGCACCAGCCCAACGGACUUGCGGGGCCCUUGGGGGCCCCCGGACAGGGGCCCCCCAGGGGCCCCCUUCCCAAUGGGGGGCCCCCCAUAGCGCUCCCCCAAACCCCUGGGGCUGCGGCAGCUGCCGAGGAGAGAAAGAAGGUGAGAAGCAAAAGAGACAAAAGGAGACACAUUGUGCAGCAGCAGCAGGAGCAGCAGCAGCAGCAACAGCAGCAGAAGCAGCAGCAGCAGCAGCAGCAGCAGUAG